UCAGUACACCUCAAAGUAGACAUAGCAACGUUAUAUUUAUGAAUUUGACGUAUACACUUGACAUUUCAUUAAUCAAAAUUCAAAGUCUUUCAAACCUGCAUCAUCGAACAUGACCCGCAAAAGACAAGCCAGUGGAGAGUCCCCCGGACACGACAGAAGCAGGCCAAACAACAGGCGAUGUAACCAAUAUAAGAGCGGUAAAGUUACCAUUAACCCAUUCCUCAAUUUUGUUCGUGAUGUAAGGGUUAAAUCGGAAGGACUAUCGGUAUGCGAGAUAGCAAGGAAGGCGGGCAGGCUAUGGCACAGAAUGAGCCAGGAGCAGAAAAGGCCCUACUACCAAAUGGCCAGGAAAGCCAGACGGGAGAAUGUUAGAGAAAAAAGAGAAGUACGGAAGGAGAAAAGUAGGAGAGAGAGGGGGACAUCGUCGAGUGAUGACAGCUACAGCUGUGCCGAUAGGCCUCUAACUCGCUCCCACAGUCAACGGACUAUCAGGCCCAGGACGGCGCGUUCCAGCAAGAGCAUGUACCGAAGCAGAAGUCGACCGAAAAUAUAAAAUAUGUCUCUUGUACCUUUUUGCUCAUUUGAUGGUGUGCUGGUGAAAAAUAUGAGAGGACUUUGUUGAAUAAUAAAAUUUUACAAGCUUUUAUUAAAGCAUACCUGUUAGUAUGUAUGUUAUGUAUACUAGUGUAUGUGGGAAAAAACUUGAAACUGAAUUUAGAAGUAGUUAAGCUUAACUUUUCGCGGUCAACAUCGCCAUACUGUAUAAAAGGUAAGGAUUGGAACUACUUGAGAGAUACUAUACAAAAUAAAUUUGGCAAAAGUAUCCAG